AGCUCCGUCGCAAGCGCCGCAACCCCCAUCAAUGGCUGACGCUCUUCGUCCCAUCAGUGCGCCAAAAUGAAGAACCUCGCUCGCUCGCGAAAACCCAUCUUCGGCCUCUGCUUUCGGGCCCCGUCGAGACCCUUUUGCAGCGCAGCCUCCGCAGGGUCCGGCGACGGCGACGACGACGGGGACUCGCGGUUCGUGGCCACCCUCGCAAGCAUCGUCCGGGGGAGGAAUAGCUGGCGGGACGCGCUCGACAACCCGUUCAUCGCGAGCUCCUUGGCGCCCCGUCACGUCGAGAGGGUGCUGGUCGGAACCUUGGACGACUGCCGGUUGGCUCUUCGGUUCUUCAAUUUCCUGGGUCUCCACAGGGGCUUCGUCCACUCGACCGCGUCGUUCUGCAUCUUGGUUCACGCCCUCGUCCAGGGCAACCUCUUCUGGCCCGCUUCGUCGCUGUUGCAGACGCUGCUGCUACGCGAGCUGAGCCCGAGGGAGGUUUUCGGGGAGUUCUUCAAGUGUUACGAGGAAUGCGGGUUCGCUUCGAGCCUGGGUUUUGAUCUGUUGAUUCAGAGCUAUGUGCAGAAAGGAAGGGUCUUCGAUGCCUGUGCGGUUUUCGAGCUCACGGCGGAGCACAAGUUGCUGCCAGAAACGAGGACUUUGAGUGCCCUUUUGAGCGGGCUUGUGAAAGUCAGGCAGUUUCCGCUGGUUGUGGAAUUGUUCGAUUUUAUUCUGAGCUUAGGUGUCUCGCCAGAUGUUUACAUGUAUACGAUGAUAAUCAGGAGCAUGUGCGAGACAAAGGAUUUCAUGAGAGCCAAAGAAGUAAUCUGUUUGAUGGAGCACUCUGGGUGUCAGUUGAAUGUAGUACCUUACAAUGUGUUGAUUAAUGGGCUUUGCAAGGAUCAGAGGAUUGGGGAUGCCAUCGUGAUCAAGAAUUCUCUCAGAAGAGGUGGACUCCAAGCGGAUGCUGUAACAUACUGCACAUUAGUGCUCGGGCUUUGCAAAGCACAGGAUUAUGGGGUUGCAUUGGAGUAUAUGAAUGAAAUGUUUGAGUUGGGACUUUGUCCAACUGAAGCGGCUCUUUCUGGCCUUACUGAGGGGCUGAGGAGGAAGGGUAAGAUCAUGGAUGCUUAUUAUUUGGUUGAUAGAGUGGGGAAGCUUGGAGUGUUGCCUAACUUGUUUGUAUGUAAUGGUUUAAUAAGUUGUCUGUGCAAAAUCAGCAAGUUGGAUCAAGCUAAGUCGCUUCUUGAUAAGAUGAGGAAGGACGGUCCAUCUCCGAAUGAUGUUACAUACACCAUUUUUAUUGAUUUUUUCAGCAAGAAAGGAGAGUUGGAAACCGCUCUCCAUUUUCUUGAUAAUAUGGGCAAGGCAGGAAUAAGAGCUACUGUUUAUACCUACAAUUCUUUAAUAGGCGGACACUGCAAGCUAGGAAAUUUGUCUGCUGCCAAGUCUAUCUUUCAUGAGAUGACUGAGAAGAGACAUAUACCAACUGUAAUAACUUACUCGUUAUUGGUUGACGGAUACUGCAAAGAAGGACAAAUGCAUGAGGCAUUCAGACUCUACCAGGAAAUGACUGGGAAGGGUAUAGGACCUAAUAUAUACACCUUUACUGCACUCAUUUCUGGUCUGUGUCGUGUAAAUAGGGUUGAUGAAGCUUGUAAAUUAUUUGAUGAAAUGGUGGGAAAGAAUGUUCUCCCAAAUGAGGUAACAUACAAUGUUAUGAUUGAUGGGUACUGCAAGGUAGGCAAUGUCGUUAGAGCCUUUGAAUUGUUUAAUGAAAUGCAAAAAAGGGGCCUUGUGCCUGACACAUACACGUAUAGGUCCUUAAUCGGUGGCCUUUGUGUGAUUGGUAGAGUAACUGAGGCCAAAAACUUUUUGGAUAACCUAUGCCACCAGCAUAUUAGGUUAAAUGAGAUGUGCUAUGGUACACUUUUACAUGGAUUUUGCAAAGAAGGAAGAUUAGAGGAGGCAAUGACAAUUGUUUCUGAGAUGGUUGAAAGAGGUAUAAAUGUGGAUCUUGUGUGUUAUGCUGUACUUAUAUACGGAAUUCUCAAAAAGCAUGAGGUAAGGAGGUUACUGUGUGUCCUAAAGGAGAUGCACGAUCUUGGUUUAAGGCCUGAUAGCGUAAUAUAUACCAGCAUGAUUGAUGCUUAUGGCAAAGCAGGGAACUUGAAGGAGGCAUUCGGUUUUUGGGAUGUGAUGAUUGGAGAAGGGUGUAGCCCGAAUGUGGUGACAUACACUGUCCUAAUAGAUUGCUUAUGUAAGGCGGGAUUCAUAGAUAAAGCUGAGCUCCUUCUAAAGGAAAUGCUAGCUUCUAAUUCCCUCCCGAACCAUGUAACAUAUGGUUGCUUUCUCGACCACUUGACAAUAACAGGUGAUAUGGAAAAUGCUGCAAAGCUGCACGAAGCAAUGCUUAAAGGGUCUUUGGCAAACUCCACCACUUACAAUAUGCUGAUCCGUGGUUUCUGCAGAUUGGCUAAAAUUCGAGAAGCUUCUGAACUUCUAGUUGAGAUGACUGCAAAUGGCAUCUUUCCAGAUUGUAUAUCUUAUUCAACCUUGAUUUACAACUAUUGUAAAAGGGGUCAUUUACAGGAAGCAAUCAAAUUAUGGGAAAAUAUGCUGAGUAAGGGUCUGAAGCCAGAUACAAUAGCAUAUAAUUUCUUAAUUUAUGGUUGUUGCGUGACUGGAAACCUUAAGAAAGCUUUUGAAUUGCGGGAUGAUAUGAUAAGAAGGGGUGUGACACCAAAUCGGGUCACGUAUAGUAAUCUCAGCCAUGGAGCUUCUUUUAACAUUUUACCAUAAGAUGCAGUAGAUUGAACUAUUCAAUGUUAAAUGAACCCAAGAUGGGGUCCUUUGUGAGCUAUGGCUGCGAAGUUAUCAUGUGCGGCAAUCUACUGUACUUGGAUCAGAACCUAAGGGUCCAGGUAAGCGCUGCUCUUUCUUGGUUUUAGCAUUCCAAUCAAGUCUGCGAUCAAGUAACUCCUUUUCUACUUUCCCCUUCCUUCUUUUUAGGAUUGACUAAUCCUGUAUACUAACAGGCAAGAAAAAGAUGAAUUCUAGAAUUCAAGGAUGAUGUUCAUCCUUAGGCUAUGGUGAUUAAAACUAUCUUAUAUGAUGGUACACGUUCCCGCGUGAAAUGUGUGCCAACUUUCCCUGCCUGAAUUAAUUAUUUAGCUGGUACCUUCAAUUGUGAACCUCAAACAUUCAUUAUGCAUAUAACAGCAUUUUGUGGUUCUCUGGGCCAUCACAUUUGUGAGUGCUCGAUCACCUGCAUGUUUCUCUUAUUUUUCACAUGUGAUCGUACAUGUAGUCACUUACCUGUAAUCUCAGGACUGAGCAAAUGGCUCAACACGAGGGCAUUCACUGCUACGGUGAAAUCUUUACAUCUCUCUGUCCAGAUGUACAGAGGAAUGCGGCUAAGCACCAAAAAAGAGUUGGCACGAAACAGCUAUGAAAUUUGAGGGAUUGGGGCAUAAAGAAAAGCAAGCUUUUCCAAUUUCGAAUUCAUUUUCUCGUAAUGAUGCGAGAUUGGUUAAAAUGUCAUUUGCAUGAUCAUAGUGGAAUGAUAUGUGGAUUUCCAAGCAUGGAACCGAGACAUGGGUCGGGAACUAAAGGGAGCAUAAGCGUUGAUCCUCCAAGCAGAUUGUGGAGGGAAGCUGAUAUUGUUGUGGAAUCUGCGGAGUCAGAGGGCGUAAAAUGCCCGCUGCACUUGAUGAUUGUUCUCUAGAAGGCAUGGCAUCAAAUUGGAAUGCGUAGGAAUCUGUUUCACACAGAUUUAGAUUAGGAUGCGGUGACAGAAGUUGCUUAGUGAUUGUUUGAGCAUCUCUAUGGUCGUGAUGUGGUGUAGCUGGCCUAUGAUGCCGUAGUCCAUGUGGUUCACUGACUCAUAUUUUAAAGCCGCAACAUCCUAAAGUUUGGUAUAGUAUAUCCUUAAACGCAACCGUGAGAUGUUGCGGUCGUGAGGGUGCGGUCAUGAGGUUUUAGUGUUUCUGUCGAUGACCUUGCGGAAGUUAAAAACACUGUAGUUUCUGUGAAGAAUUUGUACAAACCACGAUUCUUACUGUGGUUUUGUUCUCCAUGUUCAAGAGAACAGCUUCAUUGCAAUUUCAGAAAGUUAUAUGGA